AUGAAGCAAAACUCAUCAAUCAAAAAGAAAGAAAGAAGUGAAGAAGGGAAACAGCGGAAGGAACGCCUGAGGAAGAGAGGAAAGAGGAGAAAGAGGCGUUUGAGGCCCAGACUGGAUGGGGAAUCCACUCUAUUAAGGGUGGAUAAAGUGGAGUCAGUGCAACUGAGAGAAUCAACACAACCCGAGGAGGAAACAACGCAAGUUAGAUUGGUUGCGACUGAUGAUGGAGAAGGUGCAGACAUCACCCCCUUGAUGUGGCGUCGCAAUGAGAAUGCGCCACAAGGGUCAGCAGUCGACCCGCCAAUUUUGCAUGAUGCUUUAGAAGAAAAGGAGAGGAGGAGAGAAGAGGAGGAAGAAAAUCAAGAGAAAAUGUUGCGGGCACAACUAAUCAUCACAGAGGGUAGUCGAAGAAGAAAAUUACAAGAUGAGAAGGUGCACCGCAACAACGCAAAAUCGACAGAAGAGGAAAGGAAAAAGCUCGAGGAAGAACAGCGCAUUUUUCUGGCCUCAGAGCA